CCAACAGAAAAAAAGAAGAAAAAGAAAUAGAAAAACAGCUUUCAGAGAGAGAGAGAGAGAGAGAGAGAGAGAGAGUCAUAUGGUUUAAUGGUUUUACGACUGGUCGAUCUGUUUUUUUGACUUUGAGUUGUACAUGUAUUUUUCAAAAAUGUUCCAAAUUUAUUUAUUCUCGAGAAUUGUCGUGAUCUCGCUGGAAAAAAGAAGGGCUCACCACCCUUGAUAUCAGAUUCCGAUCACCAUCGGAAAUUCCUAGGGUUAGCAAGAAUUUCGUUAAAAAGCAACAGAAAUGGUCAAUUCCUUCGUCGAACGAGCCACGAGCGACAUGCUCAUCGGCCCCGAUUGGGCCAUGAACAUCGAGAUCUGUGACAUGUUGAAUCGCGACCCAGCGCAAUCAAAGGAUGUAGUAAAAGGCAUAAAAAAGCGCCUUGGAAGCAAAAAUCCAAAGGUUCAACUUCUUGCCCUCACACUAUUGGAGACUGUCAUAAAGAAUUGCGGGGACCUUAUCCAUAUGCAUGUCGCGGAGAAAGAUUUACCUCAUGAGAUGGUGAAAAUAGUGAAGAAGAAGCCCGAUUUCCAUGUCAAAGAGAAGAUAUUGAUUCUAAUUGAUACUUGGCAAGAAGCUUUUGGGGGACCAAGGGCAAGAUAUCCACAGUUCUAUGCUGCAUACCAGGAGUUAUUGCGUGCUGGGGCAGUAUUCCCUCAGAGAACUGAAAGUUCUGCCCCUGUUUUUACACCCCCACAAACACAGCCUCUAUCUUCAUAUCCACAAAAUGUUCGUUCUGCCGAAUUUAGGGAAGAAGCGGCCGAGUCUUCCGCGGAAGCUGAGUUUCCAACAUUGAGCUUGACGGAAAUUCAGAAUGCUCGUGGUAUUAUGGAUGUCCUCUCAGAGAUGCUAAGCGCAUUAGAUCCAGCGAAUAAGGAGGGGCUAAGGCAGGAAGUUGUGGUUGACUUGGUGGAACAGUGCCGCGCAUACAAGCAAAGAGUGGUGCACCUUGUUAACUCGACUUCUGAUGAAUCCCUGUUAUGCCAAGGACUUCAACUGAAUGACGACUUGCAACGGUUACUGGCCAAGCAUGAAGCCCUUGCAUCAGGAACUAAAGUUCAAGCAGAGAAGCCGAAGCCUGAACCUGUUCGAGCACUGGUUAAUGUGGACACUCCUCUAAUUGAUACUGGAGCCAGCAAACAGUCUGAUGGGGGAUCCACCCCCAAUGCUGGUGCAGUCAAUCAGCUGAUGCUUCCUGCUCCGCCAAUUACUAAUGGUCAAGCAAAAACUCCAACAAAGGUUGACCCAAAAAUGGACCUCUUGAGCGGGGACGACUUCAACUCACCUACGGCAGAAAAUACGCUUGCUAUUGUUCCCGUGGGAGAACCCCAGUCAGCCAGUCCUGUAGCUAAUCACCAGAAUGCCCUUGCACUUGUUGACAUGUUUUCUCAAAAUAACAACAAUCAACCUUACUCCUCAAUGCCACAGUAUCAGCAGCAGCAGAAUUUUCAACCUCCACAAAACUCGGUUUACCCUAACGGGAUUGGCUCAAAUAUGAUGGCACCACAGUAUGAGCAGCCAUUAUACACCCAGGGUGCUAAUUCUGCUUGGAAUGGACAGAUACUGCCCCAGCAGCAGCCACCUUCGCCAGUUUAUGGUGCUCAGAGCAGUAGUUCGCUGCCACCACCACCCUGGGAAGCUCAGGCUCCGACAGACAACAGCCAACUGGAAGGCAGUCAAUAUUCUCCUACAGCAAUGCAGGUUCCUCCUGCGGGUGUUACUCACGCCCAACCAAUGCCAAGUGGCAUGUACCAAGGAUCUCAAUUCAUGGGGAACAAUCAGGUGGGUGUUUAUAAUAACCAGGGCAUCCAGAGCAACCAUCAACAGAUGGGCGUUUAUCCACAGCAAAUGCCGAGCAACCAUCAACAGAUGGGUGUUUAUCCACAGCAAAUGCAAUCUGGGCAGAUGGGUUAUUAUCCUCAACAGAUGUAUAAUAACAACCAAAUGGGCGGAUACGGGUAUGGUUAUGGUUACGGUCAACAGCCACAAAAUGCUCAGUUCAUUGAGCAGAGAAUGUCCGGGAUGACAUUUAGGGAUGAUGGUGCCUUGAGGAAUUCUUCUUACCUGCCUACUACUACAUCCUAUGUUCCAUCAGGGAAGCCCUCAAAGCCGGAGGAUAAGCUGUUUGGAGAUCUUGUUGAUAUUUCAAAAUUUAAGCCAACAAAAACUGCUCCUGGUAGAGCAGGGAGCAUGUGAAAAUAAUGACUGGAUUUGGAUAUUUUUCCCUCAUAUUUUUCUGGGUUGCUAAUUUGGCUUGUGAUUUUUGACUACCUUUUUCUUUUUUUCUUAUAGAUUUUUUUAUUAUUAUACAUGUUCUUCACCUUUGAUCCAUAAUUGAGUUGCUUGUUUUCUUUGGAUUUUGUA